UAUCCUAGUCCAUCUUCAGUGGCUGUAAACCAGCUCUGGGUAUACUGAAGAUCACUACAUAUGAUAAGUCUUUCACAGGACGCCACAUGGUGCUCCAGGAGCUCAGAGAUUCCAACAGCUCUAAGUUCCAAGUCUCUGAGUUUAUCCUGAUGGGAUUCCCUGGCAUUCACAGUUGGCAGCACUGGCUCUCCCUGCCCCUGGCUCUGCUCUACCUCUUAGCUCUCAGUGCCAACAUCCUUAUCCUGAUCAUCAUCAACAAAGAGGCAGCACUGCACCAGCCUAUGUACUAUUUCCUGGGCAUCUUGGCUGUGGCAGACAUAGGCCUGGCUACCACCAUCAUGCCUAAGAUUUUGGCCAUCUUAUGGUUCAAUGCUAAGACCAUCAGUCUCCUGGAGUGCUUUGCUCAGAUGUAUGCCAUACAUUGCUUUGUGGCCAUGGAAUCAAGUACCUUUGUCUGCAUGGCUAUUGAUAGAUAUGUAGCCAUCUGUCGACCGCUACGAUAUCCAUCAAUCAUCACUGAAUCUUUUGUUUUCAAAGCAACUGGGUUCAUGGCACUGAGAAACAGCCUGUGUCUCAUCUCAGUGUCUGUGUUGGCUGCCCAGAGGCAUUACUGCUCCCAGAAUCAAAUUGAGCACUGUCUUUGUUCUAACCUUGGAGUCACUAGCCUAUCUUGUGAUGAUCGAAGAAUCAAUAGCCUUAACCAGGUCCUUUUGGCUUGGACACUCAUGGGAAGUGACCUGGGUUUGAUUAUUUUAUCAUAUGCUUUAAUACUUCACUCUGUCCUGAAGCUGAACUCUCCAGAAGCUGCAUCCAAGGCCUUAAGUACCUGCACCUCCCACCUCAUCUUAAUCCUUUUCUUCUACACAGUCAUCAUUGUGAUUUCCAUUACUCAUAGUACAGGAAUGAGAGUUCCCCUUAUUCCAGUUCUACUUAAUGUGCUACACAAUGUCAUUCCCCCUGCCCUGAACCCCAUGGUAUAUGCACUCAAGAACAAGGAACUCAGGCAAGGCUUAUACAAGGUACUUAGACUGGAGUGAAGGGCACCUGAUAUGGAAAAGAUAUUCAUUUUUUGAAAAUUUUCUUCACAUGUUUUUAUAUCGUAUUCUCCAAUUGCUGCAAAUGGCAGAACAACAAAGAAAUAGCAUAACGAAUUGGUGGCAACAACUGACACUUUAGAACAAAGGAGAUAGAAGUAACAUUUGAAAUAUUUGGGAGUCAAGCAAAAAUCUUCAUCACAAAGGGUAACGGUGAUGCUAUUUGUCUCAAGGAAUUCAAAGAAAAGACUAAUGUAAUCUACAUUUCAUGUUCUUACCCACUUGUCUUAGCUAAAACUUCCAGACGUGUUGAAUAGAAGUAGUCAGAGCAGAUAUUGUGUCAAUCUAUUCCUUUUAAUUGAAGAGCUUAAUAUUUUAUAUUUGAUGUAAUAAUUGAUAAAAUAGGAGAUACUUCUGCAUUUUCAUGAUUUGCUUUAUUAUGUGUCUUAUACUUUUAAUUUGCAAAGGACUUGAAUAGACAUUUCUCUAAGAUUACAUGCAAAUGUCCAAAAAAUACAUGAAAAGAUGCUCAACAUAACUAGUCAUUAAUCAUUAGGCAAAUUCAAUCAAAACCACAAUAACACACCCCUUUACCCCCUAUAUUAUACAACACCACAAUAACACACCCCUUUACCCCCUAUAUUAUACAUAUAAAUGUACUGCAAAUUUAUUUUUUGCAAUAAGAGAUUAGUGUUUGCAAGUAUAUGGAUACACUGAAAUCUCAAUACAUUGUUGGGAAGUAAAAAUGGCACGGUGGCUGUGGAAGAGUUUGGCAAUUACUCAGAAACUUCAGUGCCAUUAACAUAUGACCCAGGACCCAACUUUUAAUAAUACACCCAACAUAAUUGAAAAAAAUGUUAAUAUAAAAACCUGUACACAAAUAUUUACAGUAGCAUUAUUAGCCAAAAAGUAGAAACAACCUAUAUAUCUAUAAGCUGUGUCUUGUUCUGUUUUGUGUUGUUACAACAGAAUACCUAACACUGAGUUAGAAAUACAGGUUUAUUUAACUCAUAGUUCUGCAGGCAGGGUACUUCAAGGACAUGUCCCUGGCUUCACGUGAGGACUUUGGUGUUGCCUCAUAACAUGGCAGACAAGGUCAAAGGGAAAACAGACAUGUGCAAAGAGACAAAACCCAACGGGCUUCCCAGCUUUAUAACAACUCACUGUCAUGACUAAUCCAUCUCCCAGAGAACUGAUCCAGUUAUGUAACAGAGAAAACUCAGUAACUGCCGCAAGAAUAGCACCAAGUCAUUCAUGAGGAAUCCAUCCCCAGGACCCAAACAUCUCUUACUGGGCCCCACUUCCCAAUACCACUACAAUGGGGAUCAAAUUUCAACCUGAUUUUUGGUGGAGACAAGCAAACCCUAUCCACACCAUAGCAGCUACUGAAUGGAUAAACAAAAUUAAGUGUAUCUAUACUAGGAAUUAUUAUUUAAUAAAAGGUACCUAUAUGAGAUGAUAGAUAUACUAAUCAGCUUCACUAUAAUAAUUAUUUUGCUGUCUCUAUCCCAUAAUUUCAUGCUGUAAACCUCAAAUAUAUAUAGAAUAAAACUUAUCUUACAAAAAUUCAACUUGAUUGAAUUAAAAAUUGCUAAAUUUAACAAAAUGAUAUGGAAAAUUUUGUAUAGUAAAGAGGAAAAAUAUAAAAAGAAUAAAUUCUCCCAACAACAAACAAACAAAAGUAAAUAAAGUACUCGUACAAUCUGCAGCAUACAUGAACUUUGAAAACAUUAUGCUUAGGUUAGUGAAGAAAGCCAAACACAAAAGGCUACCUAGUAUCUGAUUCCAUUUGUAUGAAUAUCCAGAAUAGGUUAAGUCUAUAGAAAAAAAAAGCAAAUUAGUUGUUAGCAGGGAAUGGAGACUCCAGGCAAUAAUGAGAGACUAACUAAUAGUUAUGAAGUUUCCUUUUGAGGUAAUGGAAAUAUUGUGAAAUUAGAUAGUGGCAAUGGUUGCAUAGCAUAAUGAAUGUAGUGAAAGUCACCCAAUUGUACUUUUUUUUUCAUUUUAUAUAAAAUUAAGGGGUACAACUGCUUUUUGAUACAUGGAUGUAUAUCCAUGUAUAGCCUGGCUGUGGUGAAGUCUGGGCUUGUAGUGCACCCAUCACCAGCAUAGUGUAUAUUGUACCUACUAAGGAAUUUCUCAUUCCUCAUUCCCCUUCCAUCUGCCCAUCCCCCAAAUCUCCAAUAUUUAUCUAUUUCACACUCUAUGCCUAUGUGUACACAUUAGGUAGUUCCCACUUAAAACUGAGAACAUGUGGUAUUUGCUUUUCUGUUUCUGAGUUAUUUCACUUAAAAUACUGGCCUCAUAAUCUAUGCACGUUGCUGCAAAAAACAUUAUUUCAUUUGUUUUCUUGACUGAGGAGUAUUCCAUUGUAUAUCAUAUCACAUUUUCUUUAUCCAGUCAUCUGUUGAUGGACACAGGUUGAUUCCGUAUCUUUCCCUGUGAUAAACAUACUAGUGCCAAUAUUUUUAAGUGUAAUUAUUUUAAAUGCAAUUAUCUUCUUUUGGGUAGAUACCUAGGAUUGGCAUUGCUGGAUGGAAUGGUAGUUCUAGUUUUAGUUUCUUGAAUAUUUCCGUACUGUUUUCCAUAGAGGUUGUACUAACUUACAUUCAAUAUAAAACAAUAUAAAAAACUGCAAAAAUUAUUCUCUACAUGUAUAUUUGUUAUAUAACUUUCUGUAAAUUAAAAGAACACAGAUGUCUGAGAACAGGAAAAUACUUAAGGAAGUGUGUAAAACACAUAAUGUGCCUUUAUUUAAUCAUAAUACUGAACAAUCCUUUUUUGAAUGUGCUUAAUAUAAACAUUAACUGAAAAUGAUAGAAUUUUUGUUUAAAAUUUGAUGUUAUCCAAACGUUUGUCAAAAGCAUAUAUAGCAAUUGUAUAUAAAAGAAAAAGUAUCAGAAGUUACCUCUACAUUAUAGAAUUAGGUUCUAAUUAUCUCUGUGAUGUCCUCAUUUUUAUUUUUACACUUAAUAAAAAUAAACAUUUUUCUUCUAAAUAAAAAUACAUAAAAUUAGA